AUGGCCUGUGGGCCGGGCUGGAUAGGACCUCUCAGACCUAGGUCAUUUUCAAUCACAGAGCUGGUAACCAGCGACAGACCUCAGAACGUCAUGGAGUUCUCUGAAGAACCAUGUGUGUUGAUCGAUGUGGACGCAGCAUCCUGUGAACAAACUGACUGCUUCGAUGCAGAGUCCCUGGCAAACAGCCCUGGCUCUAGUGUGGUUCCAGUGAUUAUCAAGAGACUGGAACAGACCAAGGAUAAUUUCUGGAAACACAACAAAUGGCUGGAUGUGGUGGUGGACGACAGGCUGCCGACGGUGAGAAAUCAGCUCAUCAUGCUUCACUCUGCCUCCAAUGAUGAGUUCUGGAGCGCCUUGAUGGAAAAAGCCUACGCCAAGAUUCAUGGCAGCUAUGAGUCCCUGAAAGGCGGCAGCACCAUGGAGGCCAUGGAGGACUUCACUGGUGGAGUUGGAGAGGUGUAUGAAACCAAGAAACCUCCAGAAAACCUGUUUGCGAUCAUGAAAAAGGCCUUAGACAGAGGCUCCAUGAUGGGAUGCUCCAUUGAUAUCACCAGCUCUGCCGAGUCUGAAGCCAAGACCAGCACAGGCCUUGUGAAGGGACACGCCUACUCCAUUACAGGCCUGGAAGAGAUAAACUUCAGAGGUCAGAGAAUCAAGUUGAUCCGAAUCAGAAACCCAUGGGGUCAGGUGGAGUGGAACGGCAACUGGAGCGACAAUACAUAUUUAUUCGACGUCUGCAGUGUGGUGAUUGCUCUAAUGCAGAAGAACAGACGGAAGCUGAGGAAAGAAGGCCUGGACCUGGAAACAAUUGGCUUUGCUGUGUAUGAGGCUCCAGAGGAUGACGACCAAGUGGGGAAGGAUUUCUUCCGCUACCACCCCUCCAAGGCUCGCAGCAGGACGUACAUCAACAUGCGGGAGGUGUCCGAGCGCUUCACCCUGCCUCCUGGGAAGUACCUGCUGGUCCCCACCACCUUCCAGCCCCACCGCGAGGCCGACUUCCUCAUCCGCAUCUUCUCAGAGAAAGCAGCCAAAGCCAUAGAGAUGGGGACCAACGUGGACGCAGACCUGCCAGAGCCCCCGAUGCCCAGCCCU